CUUCCCAAGAUUCCAUAGUUGUAGCAAUCUAUGAAUUUUUUCACUGCUUUUGCCUGCUAUCCUUUUUACCUCACCAUGCAUAGUAUAUGCGAAUAUUAUACUAAUAUUAUUACUACUCCGUUUUUAUCAACCAUUCGGUCCGUCUCAACUUCUUCUGCUAACUCUUUUUAUGCUAAAAUGUGUUUCCUCAUUCAUGGUUUCGAGGCCUUCAUUCUCUGCACCCUUUGAUUGUGCUCAGCUCCUUCAAAACACAAAUUAAAUUGCAGAUAUUCAUCCUGAGAUCUGGAUCGUUUUCCUGAAAUGGGCAUUUGAUUUGAUAUAAAUUUAAUGUUGAAUUAGGACAUGAAGGGGUUUUGAUUCUUGGAUUGAGAAUGAGAUCCAUAGAGGAUAAGGGGUGCUUGACACAAGAAGUUGGAGGAGGUGGUAGUUGUAUGAGCUUCGAGUUCAAGAGCAAUGGCCUCACACUCAGUCGCAGUGCUUCCCAUACCUUAGGCAAACCCACCCCAUCCAAAUGGGACGACGCGCAGAAGUGGCUGGUGAAUCUGUCCAAGAAUCCCAGCAAGGCCUCUCCCCGCAACUCCAAUGCCGACGACCGCAGAUUGAUCGUGCCGCCGGUGCCCAAGAAGGACUACCCGAGUGGCGACGAGGACGACGCUGGUGCAGAUCAAUUUGAUGUGGAGACCAAGACUGUGGACUGUGAUGAGUCUGUGUGGAGGAUCAACAGGCCUUCCAAAUCGGUGGUUAGGUCCGUGUGUGUGAGGGAUAUGGGGACCGAGAUGACGCCCAUUGCGAGCCAGGAGCCGUCUCGCACGGCCACCCCCAUCAGGGCCACCACUCCGGCUGCCAGGAGCCCUGUUUCUUCGGGGACCUCCACUCCGGUCAGGUCUCACAGCGCUCUUCUUGUGUCUCCGGUGACCGCUACUGCUACGGAUGACUCGGAGACCACGGCUAAUCCUCUAGAAACCCGAGCAGCAGCUUGGGAUGAGGCCGAGCGUGCCAAGUACAUGGCUAGGUUUAAACGCGAAGAAGUGAAGAUUCAAGCAUGGGAGAAUCAUGAGAAGAGGAAAGCUGAAAUGCAGAUGCGGAAAGUAGAGGUGAAAGCUGAGAGGCUAAAGUCUCGAGCGCAGGAGAAGUAUAGCAACAAAUUGGCAGCGAGUCGAAGGAUAGCAGAGGAGAAGCGGGCGAAUGCAGAGGCGGAGCUGAACGAGAAGGCCGUCAAGACUUCUCAACGGGCGGACUAUAUAAGAAGGACGGGGCAUCUGCCCUCGUCCUUCUCCUUCAAGCUGCCUUCCUUGUGCUGGUAGCACAACACCAUUUGUAUCUACUUUUAUAAGAUAACAUAGCAUAAGAUGUUUCACACUUUAAACUCUACUUAAUACUAUACAACUCUCUCUGUUUCUUGCAAGCA